AUGCCUACGUUUGAUUUAAAAAUCUACGUUCGUAUAGUAGCGGCUAUUUUCACUGUGUCCUCCAUAACUGCAUUUGCGUUUGUACUGGUACGUCUGUUGAAACCGGAAUUGUUUUAUGAGAAACAAUUAAUUGGAAGUGAUUUAGUGAUCCAUUACUUCAUGUCAGGCCUGAUGUUGGUGACAAGUGUGAUUGGGUUUCUGAACAGUAGCAUGGUGCUGAACCGCAGCGGGACAAACAGCAGCCGUAGUAUCACCACAUGGCUGUUGUUAGAUUCACUGUUUGAAACAUCACGAGUUGUAUAUAUCUUCAUCUGUGAAGUGGCGCUGAACAGUACUGGUGUAAUACAUCGAUAUGAGUUAGCUGUUAGUGCUCUGCAGUACUUGUUAGACAGUUUUUUCUACUGUCAAAUGAUACUCAGACACUAG